AUGUUUAAUUUCCCUCCAUCUAUCUAUCUAUCUAUCUAUCUAUUUUUUGUUUCAUUUUCUAUCUAUCUAUCUAUCUAUCUAUCUGAUUUUUUAUCUAUCUUUUUAUUUAUCUAUCAUUUUCUAUCUAUCUAUCUAUCUAUCUAUCAGUUUGUUUCAUUUUCUAUCCAUCUAUCUAUCGAUCUAUUUACCAAUCUAUCUAUCUAUCUGAUUUUUUUAUCUAUCCAUCUUUUUAUUUAUCUAUCUCAUUUUCUCUCUCUCUCUCUCUCUCUCUCUCUCUAUCUAUCUAUCUAUCCAACGCGCAGAUAUGGAAUGGCGGUUGGAACAAUCCAUCAGCCUCUUAUAGCUAUCUAUUUUAUUUUUUUAUUUAUCUAUCUACGUGAUUUUGUAUCUAUCUAUAUCUAUUUCAUGUGUUUUUAUCUAUUUAAUUUUCUAUCUGAUUUCGUUUCAUACAUUUCAUUUUUCUUUAACUCUCUCUCUCUCCCUAAACAACUUUCAAAGGACCAAUAUACCUACAGUAGAAACUUAAAACUAUCUACUACCCACGUUCGUUGUCUUCCUGUGUCUAUCUAUAAUAAAUCUCAUUCUGUCCGUAUGUAUGUAUGUAUGUAUCUAUCUAUCUAUCUAUCUAUUCAUCUGAAUUGGUCUAUAUAUAAUCUCAUCCUGCCCAUAUCUAUCUAUCUAUCUAUCUAUCUAUCUCAGUCUGCCCAUAUCUAUCUAUCUGUUCCAGUCUCUGCAUAUCUAUCUAUCUAUCUAUCUAUCUAUCUAUCUAUCUAUCUAUCUAUCUAUCCCAGCUCUUACCUAUCUUCUGCUCGUAUCUCGCCUUCUAUUUCUCUUUCCUCUCUCUCUCUCUCUCUCUCUCUCUCUCUCUCUCUCUCUCUCUCUCUCUCUCUCUCAGUCUGUUCAUAUCUAUUUUUUUAUUUCUGUCUGUUCACAUCUGCCUAUCUAUCUAUUUUUUAA